AUUUAUUCUGUGCAACCCAACAACUCCCUAAGCUCUCUGUCCAGUUGGUUGAUUCUUCCCAUCUUCCAUUUAGUAGGUGAUUUGAGUGAUCUUUCUCUUUUCACAGUUUCCAAAUACGUCAAGUGUAUCUAGAAUUGUAUAUUCUGAACUGCAUAGAAAUAUUAGGAGGUUUCCAAUUCUGUUCCCCUCUUGUCAAACUGUACUACACUGUAACAAAGAUUGAGCAUUCCGGUUUUAUUUGAAAGAUUAUUGUUCUACGAGAUCAAAGUCAUUAAGUAUUUGUCAAAGUUUGAUACAGUUGCCUUAAGAAGUUUUGAUUUUGUUCUAAAGUCACUCUGAUCCAUUUCUCCAAUAUAAACCCAGUUACGAGUCUCUGUCUUGCACUUUAAAACCAAAGUUUUCUCAAGGGUUUGUGUUCUUUUUAGUUUUGUAAAUUGUUUAAUUGGCUUUGUCCUCCUCUGUUAUUCCUCUGUUUUUUAAUUUUUUUUUUUCCCUUUUUCCUCUGCUUUCUCUUUCGUUUCCUCUGAAAUCCUUUGCUCAUGGCACCCCCUAACGACCCCGUUAAUUCAAUCUUUAGCGUCCCACCAGGGAAGGGAUUGGAGAAAUGUUUUGACUUGUCUAAUGGGAAGUUUAGUGUCAAGGGUGUGACUUUGCUCACUGACGUUCCUACCAAUGUCUCUUUCAGCCUCUUUUCUUCAAUCAGCCAAUCCCCUGAUGCUCCAUUUCCAUUACUCCAGCGUGUCCUUUCCCAUUCUCACAAGGGGGGAUUUCUCGGAUUCCGGAAGGAUGAGCCCUCAGAUAGGUUGAUGAACUCAUUGGGUAGGUUCACUGGUAGAGAUUUUCUGAGCAUCUUUAGGUUCAAAACGUGGUGGUCAACCAUGUGGGUGGGGAAUUCUGGGUCAGAUUUACAAAUGGAGUCCCAAUGGGUGCUCUUAGAUGUCCCUGAAAUAAGGUCUUAUGUCAUUAUCAUACCCAUCAUCGAAGGCUCUUUUAGGUCAGCUCUUCAUCCUGGCACUGAUGGGAAUGUCAUGAUUUGUGCUGAGAGUGGUUCUACCCAAGUGAAAGCAUCGAAUUUUGAUGCAAUCGCUUAUGUUCAUGCCUCUGACAAUCCCUACAACUUAAUGAAAGAGGCCUAUGGUGCUCUUAGAGUCCAUCUCAAUACCUUUAGGCUCUUGGAAGAGAAAACAGCCCCAAAUCUUGUUGACAAAUUUGGUUGGUGCACUUGGGAUGCUUUCUACUUAACCGUAGAACCUGUUGGUGUGUGGCAUGGAGUGAAUGAUUUUGUAGAGGGUGGUAUCUCCCCACGGUUUCUCAUCAUUGAUGAUGGCUGGCAAAGCAUCAAUAGAGAUGGUGAGAACCCAAAUAAGGAUGCGAAAAAUCUUGUUCUCGGUGGGACUCAAAUGACUGCCAGGCUUCACAGGCUUGAUGAAUGCGAAAAGUUCAGAAAAUACAUUGGUGGUUCCAUGUUGGGUCCUGAUGCUCCUUCAUUUGAUCCAAGGAAGCCAAAGAUGCUGAUCUCGAAGGCAAUCGAGCUUGAGCACGCUGAGAAGGAUCGUGACAAGGCGAUCCAGUCUGGAGUCACUGAUUUGUCAGAGUAUGAAGAGAAAAUCAAAAAGUUCAAACAAGAGUUGGAUGCAAUGUUUGGUGGAAACGAAAGCAGUAGUUCGGGCCAAGGCUGCGGGAGCUGUUCUUGUACGGCUGAAAACUAUGGAAUGAAGGCUUUCACGAGGGACUUGAGGGCAAAGUUCAAAGGUUUGGAUGAUAUUUAUGUGUGGCACGCUCUUUGUGGUGCCUGGGGUGGUGUUAGGCCUGAUGCAACCCAUCUAAAUUCCAAGGUCAUUCCCUGCAAAGUCUCUCCUGGCCUAGAUGGGACCAUGACCGAUCUUGCCGUGGUGAAAAUCGUUGAAGGCGGGAUCGGGCUUGUUCAUCCUGAUCAAGCAGAGGAUUUCUACGACUCAAUGCACUCCUACCUUGCCAAUGUUGGUAUCACAGGAGUAAAAGUUGAUGUCAUUCAUACUCUUGAGUAUAUAUCAGACGAAUUUGGAGGCCGGGUGGAUCUUGCAAAGGCCUAUUACAAGGGGCUUUCAAGUUCUCUGUCCAAGAACUUCAAAGGAAGUGGACUUAUAUCCAGCAUGCAACAAUGCAAUGACUUCUUCUUCCUUGGGACAGAUCAAAUUUCUAUGGGAAGAGUAGGAGAUGAUUUCUGGUUCCAAGAUCCAAAUGGAGAUCCAAUGGGAGUUUAUUGGCUACAGGGGGUACAUAUGAUUCACUGUGCCUAUAACAGCAUGUGGAUGGGGCAAAUCAUACAACCUGAUUGGGACAUGUUCCAAUCAGACCAUCUGUGUGCUAAAUUCCAUGCAGGAUCAAGGGCCAUCUGUGGUGGUCCAGUCUACGUGAGUGACUCUGUGGGCGGUCACGAUUUUGAUCUCAUCAAGAAGCUUGUCUACCCUGAUGGUACCAUUCCCAGGUGCCAGUAUUUUGCCCUCCCAACUAGAGACUGCAUCUUCAAGAACCCUUUAUUUGACCAAAAGACCAUUCUCAAGAUUUGGAACUUCAACAAGUAUGGAGGUGUGAUUGGGGCAUUUAACUGCCAAGGGGCUGGUUGGGAUCCCAAGGAGCAGAGGAUCAAAGGCUACUCUGACUGCUACAAACCAACUUCCUGUUCGGUGCAUGUUCGUGACAUCGAAUGGGACCAGAAGACAGAAGCAGCCCAGAUGGGUGAGGCUGAAGAGUAUGCAGUCUACCUCAGUGAGGCUGAAGAGCUGCACUUAACGACCCCCAAAGCUGAUGCAAUUCAAGUCACCAUCCAACCAUCUACGUUCGAGAUUUUCAGCUUUGUGCCUGUGGAGAAGCUCGGCCCCACCCUCAAAUUUGCUCCAAUUGGGCUAACAAACAUGUUCAAUAGUGGAGGUUCCAUUCAAGAAUUGGAAUAUAUUAAGUCCGGAACUGAGAUGAAUGUUAAGAUCAAAGUGAAGGGUGGUGGGAGAUUCUUAUCCUACUCAAGUGGGUCUCCAAAGAAAUGCCACCUGAAUGGUGCUGAGGUUGCUUUUGAGUGGUUGGCUGGCGGCAAACUUGCCUUGAAUCUUCCUUGGGUUGAAGAGUCUGGUGGCAAUUCUGAUGUUGUUUUUCUCUUUUGAAGCCGAUCGUAAUUAUUUUGUUUAGGGGAUGGGGUGUAUGGUCACGGUAAAAAGGGAGAAUUGAAUUUGAUCCCGUGGCAAGCCUUUGGCUGUACUACAUAUGAUAGAUCAAGUUCUUUUUUUUUCUCU